AAACUGAAAACUAGUCUCAUUUCCCCUGACAAUAUAUAGAGAUUGUAGUGUAAUCAUCCCCAUCAGAAGCACAAGCAUAACAUUCAACAUGAAGCUGUUACUGAGCCUCCUUGUUGUUUCGACACUACCUACAUGGGCUGUACCACAAGUUCUCCCCAUGAGGGCUCCGCUGACAGCCGUGGCUGAGCUAGUUAAUGGGGGACCCCGGAUCUUCUCAGGGGAGAGAGUACGUCUGAAGUGCAGUGUUCCUGGGAAAGUGUCGGCCGAGUGGAGGUACCAGUGGUUCAGGGGGGGAGAGCAGCUCCAGGAGUCUGAGUACUUUGUCCUAUGGAAGGCCAGGCCACAGCAGAGUGGGAAGUAUUACUGCCAGGGCCUGAGAACCACAUGGAUAAGCACACAACACACCCUCCACAGCCUGCCUAUAGAAAUAGAGGUGGACGGUGGGUGGGCCAUCUUGCAGGCCCCGCCCCUGCCCAUGCUGGUUGGAGAGACAAUGACCCUGAUGUGUCGUGUCCGUGGCAACCCUAGACUGACUGAGGUCAUACUCUACAAGGACGGGGUGGAGCUUCAGAGACAGUCUGGACCAGAGCUGUGUGUCACUAACCUUACCCUGCAACACCACGGAUCCUAUUGGUGCAGAGCAUCCUGGGAUGGACUGAGGCAAACCAACUCUGUGAUCUCAGUGGCUGCUUCGGUGUCCAUCAUAGAGGUUCUGACAGAACCCAUGUUGGAGAUUGUGCCCAAUGACCCUCUGAUCCAUAAAGACCGUAUGCUCCUGGUGUGUCAUGUUCAACUGAACGCCCGUGAGCCCGUUUCACACAUCCACUACUACUUCUACCAGGACGGGCUGAGUCUGGGGCUUGCCUCUUCCCAGGACAGAGUCACAGUACUGAGGGACUCAGGCCGGUACUGGUGCAAAGCCAGCAUUCCUACUCUGGGGCUGAAGAGGCUCAGCGAGCCCGUACCUUAUGGGCGAGUGACAGAUAUCAGGACAGCGAUUACUCAUCCCGUACUGGAGGAACACUUUUUCUACAACGAGUCAGACAGGAAGGUUUUACUUCAUGCGCCUGACAAGGACCUCAUGCCCGUCAUUCGCAGGAGAAAGAGACGGAGGUAUCGAGGACGAAGGUCCGGGUGCCUUGGAUACAUCAGGGACCAGCUGUCUCACUCCAACCCAGAGCUCCAUCUCAUCCAGAUCCUAUGAAAGGACCUCCCCAGACCACCACCUCUAUCCAGCCUUCUGAGCCCCUUACCUUCCCCGAUGUAUCCGGUGAUUCUCCAAACACACUGGCCCCUGGUGUUGGUUCAGAUGAUGGAACAGUGGUGUGGAAGGACUUCUAAAUUCCUUAAGAAUUGUUAAUUAAUAUGUUAUUUGUCUUUUAGGUUGUGAAUGAAACAAUGAAUUGUAUUUGAACUGUCGAUUAUAAGUUCAAUGCAAAUAAUUUCAGUCAAAGUCAAACAUUUACAUAUUGAUUUUAUUUCAAAAGUGUACAAAAGCUCAUUUUCAAAAAGCUCCUAAUACAGCGAUACGAUGUACUGAUUCCUUAACCUAACCUGGGAAACAUUGUGUGAUUAGUAUUCCUCGAGUAAUAAACAUUAACUAUUCCAGUGCUA